AGAUUUGGAGUUACACGAAGGAAGUUCAUAUCAUCUUUGAGAUCGAGCUGUCUCGUAUCUGCGUCCAUUUAGGGAGGAGUUGUUGCAUGGAGAAUGCAGGUUUCUUCUUUAGGUUCUGUGCUUCGCCUCACAUAAGUAAAUCCGAAUGGGUUGGUCGAGAAACAAACCAAGGCCAAAUCUUGCCAUCUUUUCUUGCUCGUCAUGCAUGUCCAGAGAUGAAGCUUCUCAGGGUUUCGUAGUUGGUAGAACGCCAAAUUGGAAGAAAAGCAGAGUGCCUUUGGUCAACCCUUCUAAGAGAAGACAAUACAAUAUUAUAAUUGUGUAGCGUUUAGUCAACAUACUCUUCUUAGAUGACCGAGUCUAUGGAUGGCCAAGUGUUUCAUUCUGCUUCUAUAACUCUUUUUUUUUUUUCUGGGGAAGGAUUGAAUUCAGAACAACUAUUAGUUCUUUCUACCAUCGAACUAAUCUUCCAUAUCGCAUACAACAAGCAACUGCGGUCUGCUACCCCAAUUCCAUCUUCCAUAUCACAGCAAAAGCAUAACCCAAUUCCAUCUUCCAUAUCACAUACAACAAGCGACUGCGGUCUGCGACACAUCCGUUACUGAUAUCCAUUUCAGAAAGCCUCUGCUGCAUAAUCUCCUCAGACUACCCGAUUCCAUUGUUGAUGAGAUAUAGCUGAGACAGUUGAAACAGGUGGAAGUCUGACUCGACUGCAAGAACAAUCAUGUUCAGGAAGAAGCACAAUUCUCAUGAUAACCAGGAACACGAUGCUAAGGAUCAAGAACAAAAGAUCAAAGAGCUGAGAGCUGCGAUUGGCCCUUUAUACGGAAGUAACUUAACAUUCUGCACCGAUGCAUGCCUGAGAAGAUACCUGGAAGCUCGCAACUGGAACGUGGACAAGUCAAAGAAAAUGUUGGAAGAAACACUCAAGUGGAGAACGACUUACAAGCCAGAGGAGAUUCUUUGGCAUGAAGUCGCCACUGAAAGCGAAACAGGGAAAUUGUAUAGAGCAAAUUUUCAUGAUCGCGAGGGAAGGACAAUUAUAGUGAUGAGACCAGCAAAACAGAACACAUCCUCACAUGACAACCAACUCAGGCAUCUGGUGUAUGUCCUAGAGAAUGCUAUCCUCAGUUUACCGGAGGAUCAAGAGCAAAUGGUGUGUCUGAUAGACUUCACCGGGUGGUCAUUGAGCAACUCGCCGAUUAAGACUGCUCGAGAGACUGCAAACAUUUUGCAGUGUCACUACCCCGAGAGGCUUGCUGUUGGAUUUCUCUACAACCCUCCAAGAAUCUUUGAGACCUUUUGGAAGGUGGUGAAAUAUUUCCUGGAUUCCAAAACCUUUCUAAAGGCGAAGUUCAUUUACCCCAAGAACAAAGAGAGCAUGGAGCUCCUGCGCAAGCACUUCGACCUUGACGUGUUACCUGUGGAAUUUGGCGGGAGGAACCAAGUGCAGUAUAACCAUGAGGAGUUCUCCAAAAUGAUGAUAGCAGAGGAUGCUGUAAAAGCCAGCUUACGGAGUUUGGAGGAGAAAACGCCACAGCCCGGCCUUGCUGCGCAAGCAAGCUAACAACUCAUUACUCCAGUAGUCUUAAGUGCUGCAUGCCUUCAGAUGAUUGUGUGCUUUUGAGUUAUAUCUCAACUUGUUAAACUUUUGACAAGAAGUCCAAAUAAUGCAAAGAUGCAAUGCAUAAUAUGCCCUAA